UCUCCACAGACAACUUCAACAUAUGCAACAUUUUGGGCAGAACAAGCUUAGGAGUCGUCAUUGUGAUUCUUUUGCAGGUUUUCUAAUGAUGCCUGCAUUGAUGCACCCCAUCAAAGCAUACCCUACACUCCUCUUACUGUUUCAUCUGGCAACAUUUAGUACUGGAAAUCAUGCACAGGCAUCUCUGGAUGUAAUGUUGAUGAAUUCUACUUCACCAGAUCCCCUACUGGAAGACACAACACCAAGCAUAGCAACUUUCUGUAAAGCUCCACCACCAAUUCCCUAUGGACAACUUAAAGAAGAAUAUAUGGCAAAAAAUGAAUUUGCUAAGGAUACAAAGGUUACUUACAUGUGUCGACCUGGUUACACACGAGUUCCUUUUACUAGAACAUCUAUAAUUUGCUUGGAUAAUUAUACCUGGUCUGUUCCCGAAGUAUUUUGCAUACGCAGAGCAUGUGGUAAUCCUGGAGAAGUGACAAAUGCAGAGAUGGAUGCUGAAGACUUUUUGUUUGGCUCAAGAUUAACAUUUGUUUGUAAGCAAGGCCACAAGAUGAUAUCAAAAUACAACUAUAGAGAAUGUCUCGCAGAUGGAAGCUGGAGUAAUGCUCUUCCUGAAUGUGAAGUUGUAUCCUGUACCUCUCCUCCUACUAUUACAAAGGGAUUUUUCCGUCCUGUAAAAGAUGAUUAUACUUAUCUUGACUCUGUGACAUAUACUUGCAACGGGGCGUCAUCACUUAUAGGUGAACAGUCUCUGGCCUGUAAUGAAAAAGGAGAAUGGAGUCCGGAUGCUCCUGAGUGCAGAGCCAUUCAGUGUCUGGACCCAUCUGUACCCCAUGCAAGGAAGUUAUCUGGAAUUUUAGGCCCAUACUUUUUGAAUUCCGCUGUGAAAUUUGCUUGUUCUCCAGGAUAUGUGUUGAAUGGAUCUGACAUUGUAAAAUGUAACAUAAAUAGUCAGUGGGAGCCUGAGCUGCCAACAUGUACUGCCAUUAAGUGUCCAAAUCCAUCUGUACCCCAUGCAAGGAAGUUAUAUGGAUAUUUACACACGUACGUUUGGAGUUCCGCUGUGAAAUUUGCUUGUUUUCCAGGCUACGUGUUGAAUGGAUCUGACAUUGUAAAAUGUAACAUAAAUAGUCAGUGGGAGCCUGAGCUGCCAACAUGUACUGCCAUUCAGUGUCUGGAUCCAUCUGUACCCCAUGCAAGGAAGUUAUCUGGAAAUUUAGGCCCAUACUUUUUGAAUUCCGCUGUGAAAUUUGCUUGUUCUCCAGGAUAUGUGUUGAAUGGAUCUGACAUUGUAAAAUGUAACCUAAAUAGUCAGUGGGAGCCUGAGCUGCCAACAUGUACUGCCAUUAAGUGUCCAGAUCCAUCUGUACCUCACGCAAGGGAGUUACUUGAAUCUGUAGGCCCGUUUGUUUGGAAUUCCGCUGUGAAAUUUGCUUGUUCUCCAGGAUAUGUGUUGAAUGGAUCUGACAUUGUAAAAUGUAACCUAAAUAGUCAGUGGGAGCCUGAGCUGCCAACAUGUACUGUUGUAUCCUGUCCCUCUCCUCCUACUAUUACAAAGGGAUUUUUCUAUCCGGUAAAAGACUAUUAUACGUAUCUUGACUCUGUGACAUAUACUUGCAAUGGAACCUCAUCACUUAUAGGUGAACAGUCUCUGGCCUGUAAUGAAAAAGGAGAAUGGAGUCCGGAUGCUCCUGAGUGCAGAGGAACAUCAUGUGGGACCCCAGAAGGCAUUGCUCAUGGAAAGAUGGAUUAUGAAAACGCAUUGCUUGGUUCAAGAGUCAUCUAUACAUGUGAUCCCGGUUAUACUAUGGUAUCAGGAAGGAGCUUUCGAGAAUGCCAAACAGAUGGAAUGUGCAGUGGUACAGCUCCAGUAUGUAAAGAGUCUAUGUGUGAUAAAAUCUGGGAAUUGCAAGAAGCAGUUCGGAUAUGUACAUCCACUCCAGAUGACUGGAUAAAGUACCUCCAGGUGCAGUACCUCUACCUUCAGAUAGAAAACCUGAAGCUGGACAUAGAGAUCAAGAAGAACAAUACAGUGUUGACCUGAUGCUCACACAUGCCCAACUGAGGGAGGAAAAACAGCAAAUAAUUCAUGGUAUUAAUUAUUCCUGAUUGAUGCAUUUUAUUUGUUAUGCUUUUCUGUCUUCUACACAAGUUAUAAAGUUCUUUCCAAAUGGCUUUUACAAAAUCUGUUCUUAUUAUUUUAAAUUGAUAUUUUUAACCUAUCAAUAAAGGAAUACUGCAAGUAAUUAGAUGUGUAAUAUGUAAACAUGUACAUGUUUUGCAAUAAAGGUAUUAUUAUGCA